AUGCAAGAAACGGAAGGGGAAAGUGAAACGGAAAGAAGGAUGCCAAAUCCGUCAGCUAAGGAGGAUGCUUGGGCUUUUGGGCCAAUUGGUUCACCAUUUCCUGAUAAUCCGGUCCGAGCUACCGGACAGCAAAAUAUGUGUAAACUAUUAGAUGAAUACUUUUUUCUCACUUAG